CUUGCCAUUCCUUCUCCAAGCCAUCGUCCUCGUAACAUUCCAGCCAUCGCCCUCGUACCAUUCCAGCAGAUUACCUUUCCGUCCUUGUAGCAUUCUCCUACCGUAGUUGAGCACCGCCUUCCGUCCCUGUACUCCUUAGCUUCCUUUCCUUCCUUCUUCAUUCAAUGCCACCCGCCAUCGUUGGUGCCUCUUCCUCGUCCGUCGCCAAGAUGAGCUGCGCUGUCGUCGCAAGCACUCGCCGAGCAGCACGGCAGGCUGGAAAGAACGCAUUACCAAGCUCAUCAAGGGCGCCCCCUACCGCGCGUCAUUUCUCUUCAAGUUCCCAGAUAGCGGGACCAUCAUCGUCACCAGGUGCUCAGCAAACAUCCCUCGACCCCUCGGAGAUAGCCCACUUCACUCGCCUCUCUUCAACUUGGUGGGACCCACAUGGGGAGCUCGGCCUCCUCCACAAGAUGAACAAGGGGCGCGUCCAAUUUCUCAAGGAGAAGGUAUUGGAGGUAGAAGGAUGGGAGAGGGCGCAGCGUAGUGACAGAGGAGAGGAGAUGAUGAGACCGGAGGAGGAACAAAGGUGGAGCAGUGCGUGGUUGAGGGGAAAGAAGGUACUCGACGUGGGGUGCGGUGGUGGCUUGUUGAGUGAGUCCCUGGCCCGACUAGGCGCCAACGUCCACGGGAUAGACGCCACAUCCACCAACAUCGGCAUUGCCCUUGCCCACGCCUCCAGGGAUCCUUCUCUCUCCCAGUCCCCAAAUCUGACAUAUACCCACACAACAGCCGAAUCCCUCCUCCCUCAACACCAGGAGCAGUACGACGUAGUCGCCUCGGUCGAAGUCCUCGAACAUGUCAGCAACCCUGCCGCCUUCCUGCGCUCGCUGGACGCGCUACUGAAGCCCGGUGGACAUUUGCUACUCAGCACGAUCAACAGGAACGUGCUUAGCUGGGUGUUGACGAUUGGGGUGGCGGAGAAGCUGAGUCGCCUGGUGAGCCCAGGGACGCAUGACUGGGGGAAGUUUGUGAGGCCGGAAGAGCUGGAAGGAUUCAUCGAAGAGAAGCUGGGCUGGGUUCAGUCCGGCGAGAAGGCUUCCCCCUCACCAUCGGCCUCGAAGCCGUCUCUACACGCCACGGCUGACCUUCCUGUAUCGAAACGGCUGCGCCUUGAGACCCGAGGCAUCGUCUACGACCCGCUCAUUGCGGAUUGGAGGGUACUGGACCGCGCUGGAUGGAUGCAGAGGAGUGGGUGGGGCCAAGGAUGUAACUAUCUGCUGUGGGCGAGGAAGCCUUUGACGGCGUAGGGUGGAUAAAGUGUGGACGAGUCACAAAUCAAUACCAUGGUCAUCACGUG